UGCUAUAAAUGGUUGAAGAGGGCCAGACCACAAACCACCAGAGUCAUACCUGUCAAAAAGAUUAGACAAACCUUCUAUUCUUAGACCACCCCUUUAACAUUUUCAGAUUUCCUUGUCUCCUCGAGAAAGAUUUUAUUUAUCAUUCCAUUUUAUUCCUAAAUUCUUGUUUCUUGAAUCUCUCCUUCUCUCUUUCUUGAUCCUCCACAUCUUUUAUGGUUUUGUAACAGCCAUUUUAGCUUGUGGGGUGUCAAGAACUUACCACUUUAUGUGCAUAUAUGAUCAUGUGUUCAUGUUCAUGUUAGAAUCUUGAGUUUUCUUAGUAUUGUUCAAGGUUUUAUUAGUUUUGAGUUCGAAAGAAAGAGAAAGAGAGAGAUGGAACAGAAGCAUAUGUUGUUGUCUGCUUUGAGUGUUGGCGUCGGGGUCGGUAUGGGGCUAGGAUUGGCAUCUGGACAAAAAGUGAGUAGGUGGGCUGGUGGAAAUGGUUCAAUAGAUGGUGUCACGGUUGAGCAGAUUGAGCAAGAGUUGAUGAGGCAGGUUCUUGAUGGAAGAGAGAGCGAGGUCACAUUUGAUGAGUUCCCUUACUAUCUCAGUGAGAAAAUCCGGAUGCUAUUAACAAGUGCGGCAUUUGUUCAUUUAAAGCAUGCUGACUUCUCCAAGCACACCCGGAACCUUUCUCCCGCCAGUAGAACAAUUUUGCUCUCAGGACCUGCUGAGUUUUAUCACCAAAUGCUUGCAAAGGCUUUAGCACAUAACUUUGAAUCAAAGUUGCUGUUGUUGGAUGUUCAUGACUUUUCCAUAAAGAUGCAAAGCAAAUAUGGAUGCAUUAAAAAAGAACCCUCUUUCACAAGUUCCAUUUCCGGGUUCACUUUGGAACGAAUGUCCUCUUUGUUUGGUUCUUUCUCAAUCCUUUCUACAAAGGAAGAAACAAGGGGUAUGGAAGGGUCAAACAAUCCUCCCAAACUUCGCAGAAAUGCCUCCACUGCAUCUGAUAUGAGUAGUAUUUCUUCACAAUCCGCUUCUACAAAUCCAGCUCCUCUCAAGCACUCCAGCAGUUGGUGUUUUGAUGAGAAACUCUUUCUGCAAUCACUUUAUCAGGUGUUGGCUUCAGUAUCGGAGAGAAAUUCCAUCAUUUUAUACCUUAGGGAUGCCGAGAAGAUUCUUCUUCAAUCACAAAGGAUGUACACCUUGUUUGAAAAAAUGUUGAAGAAGCUCUCAGGUAAUGUGUUGAUACUUGGUUCCCGGAUGUUGGACCAAGAAGAUGAUUGCAGAGAAGUGGAUGAGAGGCUAGCUCUGUUAUUCCCAUACAACAUUGAGAUCAAACCACCAGAAGAUGAGACCCACCUUGUCAGCUGGAAAGCCCAACUGGAAGAGGACAUGAAGAAGAUUCAGAUUCAAGAUACCAAAAACCACAUUGCAGAGGUGCUUGCAGCAAAUGAUAUCGAAUGCGAUGAUUUUAGUUCUAUUUGCCAUGCAGACACAAUGGUUCUUAGCAACUAUAUUGAAGAAAUUGUAGUAUCAGCAAUAUCCUAUCAUCUGAUGAAUAAUAAGGAUCCAGAAUACCGAAAUGGAAAGCUUGUUAUAUCAUCUAAGAGCUUGUCACAUGGAUUGAGUAUAUUCCAAGAAGGUAAAAGUGAUGGGAAAGAUACUUUAAAACUAGAGACUAAUGCCGAAGCUGGCAAGGAAACUGAAGGGGAAGAGGCUGUUGGUGCCAAGAAUGAUAUUAAAAGUGAAACAGAAAAAUCUGUAACUGGAGCCAAGAAGGACAGCGAGAAUCAGCCUAAAACCCCUGAAGUACCUCCUGACAAUGAAUUUGAGAAACGAAUCAGACCAGAGGUUAUCCCCGCAAAUGAGAUUGGAGUAACAUUUGCAGAUAUUGGUGCCUUGGAUGAAACCAAAGAAUCACUCCAGGAGCUUGUCAUGCUGCCUCUUCGGAGGCCGGAUCUCUUCAAUGGUGGGCUUCUCAAGCCCUGUAGAGGUAUAUUGCUGUUUGGACCUCCGGGAACAGGAAAAACAAUGCUGGCAAAAGCCAUAGCCAAAGAAGCUGGAGCAAGUUUCAUAAAUGUCUCGAUGUCUACCAUUACUUCAAAAUGGUUUGGUGAAGAUGAGAAGAAUGUCCGAGCUCUAUUCACACUUGCUGCAAAGGUUUCCCCAACUAUCAUAUUUGUGGACGAAGUUGAUAGCAUGCUAGGGCAGCGGACUAGGGUUGGUGAGCAUGAGGCCAUGCGGAAGAUUAAGAAUGAGUUUAUGACUCACUGGGAUGGUCUGAUGACAAAACCUGGCGAGCGUAUUCUUGUCCUUGCAGCAACCAACAGGCCAUUUGACCUUGAUGAAGCAAUUAUCAGGCGGUUUGAGCGCAGAAUUAUGGUCGGUCUUCCAUCUAUUGAGAGCAGGGAAAGGAUUUUAAAAACUCUUCUGUCAAAAGAAAAAACAGAAGGCUUAGACUUCAAAGAGCUUGCAACCAUGACAGAAGGAUAUAGUGGAAGUGAUCUUAAGAACUUGUGUGUCACAGCAGCAUAUCGACCAGUCAGAGAGCUUUUACAGCAGGAGCGAGUGAAGGAUAAGGAAAAGAAGCAGAAAGCCGAAGAAGGCACAAGCUCUGAAGAUGCUGCAGAUACAAAGGAAGAAGGCACAAGCUCUGAAGAUGCUGCAGAUAAAAAGGAAGAAGGCAAAGAGGAAAGCGUAAUCAUUCUAAGGCCAUUAAACAUGGAUGAUAUGAGACAGGCAAAGAAUCAGGUUGCUGCAAGUUUUGCAACUGAGGGUUCGGUAAUGAAUGAGCUGAAGCAAUGGAAUGAGUUGUAUGGUGAAGGGGGUUCAAGGAAGAAGCAGCAGUUGACUUACUUCCUCUAGAUUUUAUAAAGCGAUCACCCUAUCAUUAGUAACAUUCUUUGAAAGUGGGAGGUUAUGGAAGCUUUUCCCUGCAAGUAAAACAUGGUUGUCACAAGCAUACAACAGAGCGGCAUUGAACGGAAUGCAGAAUGCCUUGACACCAUUUCCUGAAAUUGAAAUGGCGAAGGAGUUUAUGUUAGGGUGUUAUAUAUACUUUCAUUUCUGUCUGGAACGUGCAGAUGGGGUGAAAGAAUGUUACUUCUCAGUAUUUUUUUAGGCCAUUCUGCAAACAAUUGCCACCACAUUUUUAGUAUUGUAAUGAUGUUAUGUCUGCGUGGUACUUGAAAAUGCUUAUGGGUUUGUGGAAUUUGAGAGGGAGCUAUAUUGAGUUUGUUAGAUAGUUUGUAGUCUAUGAACAUAGAAUUUGUAAAUUAGUCUUUGUGAAAAAUAAUAUAUAUAUUUUUUACUCU